AUGGAUUUGCCAAUAUGUGAAAAUGAUCGUACGCAUUGUGUUGAUACAUUGAAUGGUCUUACAAAAUAUUUUCUUGGUACACUUCAUAUACUAGUAGAAAGUAUUGAGGCUAAUGCACCAGUUGUCAUAAGAAAAGAUCGUCCAAAAGAUUAUCAUCCUAUAACAACAACAGCACAACGUCAACAUGAAAUUUAUUUAUGUGGAUUGGAUUUAAAAGUUUUCGGGCUAAUGUUGAACGACGUCGAAAUGAACGAAAAAGCCGAGAAACAAUACUUGGAAAAGCUACUAGUAAUGGACUUGUUGAAUCAGAUGAAUUAAAAACAUCAACAUUAAUAUCGGACAUGUAAUCAAAAUCAUGAGACAAAUCGAACAACAUCAGAAUGAUUAAAAUAACAGUAGUGAUUACAAAUUGCUUUUUUUAAUGUAUCAUGAUGUUAAUGAGACUAAAUUGCAUUUCUAUAUAUAUAUGUUGUGGCCGAAGUUGGAAUUCAGCCUGAUUCGGAAUUCUUCCAGUCGAAAUUGGAAUUCUAACUUUGUCUGGACUAAAGUGAAUUUCUAAGUUCGAGUAAACUGAUUAUGGACGAGAUUAGAAUUCUAAUUUCGACUAGAGGAAAUUAGAAUUAUUGUUUAAUGACUAGAAAUUCAUAAAGAAAAAAAAUUAAAAAUCAGUUUCCUAAAUUUAACAAAAACAAAUUAACAAAUAUCACAAAUUCAAAGUUAACUUACCUAUUCCCUCCCAAAUCUGGGUGUGGAUGUGGAUUUGAACCAAAACUUCAAACACCCACACCCCAUAGUAAUGGGUGUGGGUGUGACUGUAUGGAUGUAGAGAAUUAUUUACAAGUACAUCCAAUCCACAUUCAUACAUCCGCACAGCCUCACCCUACUCACACUUGCAUUCAAGUCUAGACCGAUACCCACUUGUUCACACAUCCACACCCACCCACCUACAUGCUCAACUUUGUGAAACAACGGUAAAACUGCCUAUUUGUUUUGCAGAUGGUAUUAGUAUUUUAUUGAAAAAAAUAAAAGGUGAUGGUCUUUUCAUCUCAACCAAAUGUCUUGUUGAAUUUUCAUUUUGAACUUCAGGUACAAAUUGUUUUAAUUUGACUAAUGUUUUAUCAUAUUCUUUGCCUUGCUACAGAUCACUUUUCUGAUGAAAAUAUAUAUUGAUAUGAAUUUAAUGAGUAAAUACAAGAGAUAUUAAUUCAGUUGGUGAUGGAUGUGGGUGUGGUUCUUGAUCUCUUCUGUAUCCAUACCCGUCUAUACCCUUACCUGUGCCUACACUCAUGCUAUCAAUAGCAGGAUUCCAUUGUAGUCGAGGUUUUUUUCUGUUAAUCACAUGUCUCUCCGUUCACGAGGCACGUGUAUUUAACAUUCGAAGGCAA